AAACAAUGAAUGGUUUGAAGAAAUCCAAUGAAUGGUUUAAAGAAAUGGUAGAGUGGGUGACCUGUUAGUAUGCUAUGGUGGGCUAUGGUGGGAAGCCAGGAAGAGACAGGGAGACAGCUUCCAUUUCUAGAAUUGCAAAAUGAGAAUAAUGAUGCCAACCUGUAGUGAAGCUGGGCUAACAGGGGAGGUGCAGGAACUGGGUGCACGUGAUGGGGCGCAUACAGCUUGAGGGGGAGCCCCAAAACCUAUGGUUCCUGAAUGCAGGGGAGACGUGGUCACUGCCCUAGGUUGUGUCUAUGGUGUAGUCAGAAAUACCUGAGGGUGUGGCUGUGGGAUGGUUUAAAAUGCCAUCAGCAUGUUAGCGAGAAAUGGCAACUAUUCUAUACCAUCAGCCAACCCUAGACCCUGAGACCCCUUGCUCCACCACAUUCUCUUCCUGGAAAGCGCUUUGCAGUUUAAGAUAUUUCAUUAGAUCAAAUAAGGCGGUGAAGUCCAGCGGACACCCGGUGCGGGAUAAGCCCAGGAUCUCGUAGAAUCAGCGCGUAGGUAACGUGGUCUGGACUAGUCCACCGAGUGCCCAGCUUUCUAGCUAAGAAUAGGGUCAAAACAGACCAGCAGCAGCAGCCCGCAAGGGGACGCCCGGACGUAACGCGCGACUCCGCCCCUUCACGUGCCUGCGGCGUCGCGUCACACCCGGAAGCAGCGGCUGAAGCGGAGCCCGCAGCAAUGAGCGGGGACCUGGGGCCGACGUCUGCAGCGCCCCAUCCCAGGGAGCUCGAACCUGGCAGUGGGGUCCGCAUCGUGGUGGAGUACUGUGAACCCUGCGGCUUCGAGUCGACCUACCUGGAGCUGGCGAGUGCCGUGAAAGAGCAGUAUCCUGGCAUCGAGAUUGAGUCGCGCCUGGGGGGCACAGGCGCCUUUGAGAUCGAGAUCAAUGGACAGCUGGUUUUCUCCAAGCUGGAGAAUGGGGGCUUCCCUUAUGAGAAAGAUCUCAUUGAGGCCAUCCGAAGAGCCAGUAAUGGAGAACCCCUAGAAAAGAUCACCAACAGCCGACCUCCCUGCGUCAUUCUGUGACUACAUGGGAUUCC